GAUUUAAAGCCACUCUCCCUCUUAUAAACCCUCCCUUCCGCCGCUCUGUUCCUCCUCUUUCUUCCCAUCGACGCUCCAAAUCCAAUCUGCUCUCCGGUUUCUCGAUCGACGAACAUGGCUCUCCCUAAUCAGCAAACUGUGGACUACCCAAGCUUCAAGCUUGUCAUUGUUGGUGAUGGAGGGACUGGAAAAACCACUUUCGUGAAGAGGCAUCUUUCUGGUGAAUUUGAAAAGAAAUAUGAACCUACCAUUGGUGUUGAGGUUCAUCCAUUGGACUUCCAUACAUCCCAUGGCAAUAUUCGUUUCUACUGCUGGGACACAGCUGGACAAGAGAAGUUUGGAGGACUCCGUGAUGGUUACUAUAUUCAUGGGCAAUGUGCAAUUAUUAUGUUCGAUGUUACUGCACGGCUGACUUACAAGAAUGUUCCUACAUGGCACCGUGAUCUCUGCAGGGUUUGCGAGAACAUUCCCAUUGUUCUUUGUGGAAAUAAAGUUGAUGUCAAGAACAGGCAGGUGAAAGCAAAGCAAGUUACUUUCCACAGGAAGAAAAAUCUGCAGUACUAUGAGAUCUCUGCGAAGAGCAACUACAAUUUUGAGAAGCCUUUCUUGUACCUUACCAGGAAGCUUGCUGGGGAUGCAGCCAUUACGUUUGUGUCUGCGCCUGCUCUUGCUCCUCCAGAAGUACAAGUGGACAUGGUUGCACAGCUGCAGCAUGAAGAAGAGCUUAAAAAAGCAGCAAGUAUGCCACUUCCAGAUGAAGACGAGGCUUUCGAUUAGAUAUUUUUUUUGGAAGGCUUGCCCCAUUCUAUGACCACUGCUGCUCAUCUAUCUCUAGUUGUUCCCAAGCAUUGUGGCUCUUAGAUCGUGGGGUACUUUUUCUUGAGCCGAUUUACGUGUUUGGAUCGUCUCCCCCCCACCCCCACCCCCACCCCUAAACGUUUGUGCUACAUACUACUAGCACGAGUUAUGUGUUUUUUCUAUUUUGAAUUUUCUAGACAUUAAUUGUGUGUGAUUCUACCUCGGGAGCGGGUUUUGUUAUUUGCAUCUUAAUGUGCCUGCAUCAUUGAUAUUUAUAUGGAUCAAUAUGCCAAAUCUACAAUCUUGCGUCUUCUCUAUCUUCACACGUACCUUGUUUGUUUUGGUAACUCUGCUAAUGGUAAU